AUGCAGCUGACACUUGAAUUCGGUGGGGGAUUGGAACUUCUUUGUGACUCUAAGAAGAUUCAUAAUGUCAAUAUUGAGCAACAAAAUGGAGAAAACAAGUUAACCAUGAAAGAUUUGCUUUCUUGGGUACGGACCAACUUGAUUAAGGAGAGGCCUGAGAUGUUCAUGAAAGGAGAUACUGUGAGACCUGGAGUUCUUGUACUAGUUAAUGAUUGUGAUUGGGAGCUAAGUGGGCAGCUGGAGACAUCCCUGGAAGAGAAAGAUGUGGUGGUUUUUAUAUCAACCCUGCAUGGUGGUUAG